GGUGGACUAUUUUCCCACUGCUAGAAAAGGUGGUGGUUGAAAGGGAGAAAGCGAGAGAGAAAAGGAGAGAGGGGGGGAGACUUGUGUUAUUCUCAAUGCUGCGUGUGCGUGACUAGUAUUUUUUGCACUAUUUCCGUAACUCACCACAAACUGACCGGGCAGGAAUCGUUUACCGGGGGAGGUUUAAAUGACUGAAGCUGUGUGUUUAGCGGCAAAUUGUCUGGGGCGCGGAUGACAUUGUAUCCUCCGCGACCAAAAAGAGCCCCAGCGCAAACGAGGGCUGCGACCUUGGCUUCGCGUUACAACAACAAUAACGCAAAUAUAUAAAACGUUAAUAACGCCGUAGGUAUUUUAAACGAGUCUUGACCUUGUUUUCUUUGUCAGGAGCUAACCUCACUCCGCGACAAAUGCCACACCAGUCGACACGGAGAACAUUAUGCGAAGAAAAGAAAGUGACUUUUUUUAUUUAAACAGGGCCGCACAGCCGAGUCUCACUUUGUGUAACUUACAGCUGUUAUUGCGACACAGCUUUUUUUGUUUUGGGUUUUAUUUUAUCAUUUUAAUGUGACAUCUCUGCAGAAGGGUCUGCCCCACAAGCUGUGUUAUUAUCGGGCUGUUUUUUGUAUUUUAAUUUCGCUGUCGGGUGGACUCUCCGCAGAGAGAGACAGGCGCACCGAGACAAGGGAGAGAAGCGAAAACGAAAAUGAAAUAUCGGGGUAGUUUUUCCUCUAAAACACCAGAGAUUGGUGUCGGAGGGACACUGGCUCUGGCAGGUGAAUUGCGGCCACCGUUUCCCGCAUUUUCCAGUGUUUGUGAGCUGAAGUGUUCUCCUUUUUUUUAAUUUAUUUAUUUAUUUUUUUUAGCCGACUGUCAGCUACAGAAAUGGCGUCAUCCUCUGCUGUAGUGUUGGUAUAGUCAGUGCAGUGCAGACACACAGCCACGCUGCACCGUGCUGCUUUCACCGUAUCUAUCACCCUUUAAAAGACCAUUUAAACGUGCAUUUGUGCAGACAGGAGGAAGAGGAGGAGGAGGAGGAGGUCGCCUCUCCAGCACCAGACUAGUUACUUUGUGUUUGCUCGCCCUUCAUAGCCACAAGCCAAGUCUGGGCUGCUGACUGACUAAACACAGCACACUGGGCAUUACAUAAACGGCUAUAAGGGCUCUGCCAGUGAGAGUGAUCCGCCUGCCACGGUUUUACUCAUUUCCUUGGUGUAAAAAGCCCCGAGAUGCACACACACCGUUCAGCAUUAGGUGGGAUUCAUUUAAGCGAGUGCACCUUUUAGUUAAACUUUCUGCCCCCCACCCUCCUGAACCCGACAGUAUCAUGUGCAGAUGUGUUUUUUUCUUCCGCCCAGCAGUAAAAGCAGAAUAAGUGAUGUCAUCAUAACACCUCUCGUUGUGUCAGGGCGAAGUUGUCUCUGAUGCCUAACAGCGUCUCCGUCCUCUGUUUUCAGCCUCGGAUUCGUCGCACUGGUCGCCCAGAGGACUCGUAGAGAGAUGAAGACUCUGGAGGAGCCCCCCUACUUGACAGUGGGGACGGAUGUGAGCGCCAAGUACAGAGGGGCUUUCUGUGAGGCCAAGAUUAAGACUGCCAAGAGGCUAGUCAAGGCCAAGGUGGGUGCUGUUGUGGAGGUGAAGAAUCAGGACGGCGUCUACCAGGAGGCCACAAUCAAUAAGUUGACUGAUGCUAGUAUAUAUACUGUUGUGUUUGACGAUGGCGACGAGAAGACCCUGAGGCGUUCCUCUCUCUGCCUGAAAGGAGCGCGUCACUUUGCAGAGAGCGAGACACUCGACAGACUCCCUCUCACCAACCCCGAACACUUCGGCACACCUGUCAUCGGCAAGAAGGGCAACCGCGGCCGACGAUCAAAUCCGAUUCAAGAAGAAGAGUUGUCUUCAUCCUCCAGUGAAGAAGAGGAGAGCGAUCAGCGGCAGAAUGAGGAUCUGUUCGGCAAGGUGGUGUGUGUGGAGGGGGUCACCACCGGGGACAAAAAGAAGACCACGUGGUACCCUGCUCUGGUUAUCUCUCCAGACUGCCACGAAGACGUGACGAUGAAGAAGGACAACAUCUUCGUCCGAUCUUUCAAGGAUGGAAAAUUUUACACGGUGCUGCGGAAGGACGUCCGCGAGAUGAACAGCGAUUGUCCUCCAAAAGCCGACGCAGGGCUCAAACCAGCGCUGGACGCGGCCUUGGAGUUCCAGCAGCAGUACGUCGUGCCCAGCACCUGGAAGACAGAAGUGAAAGAAGAAAGCUCUAGCAGCGAGGAUGACGACGAGGAUGAAGAGGAAGAGCAGGAAGAAGAUGCCAGCGGCGAGGAGGAGGAGGAGGAAGUGGAGCCGUUCCCAGAGGAGCGCGAGAACUUUCUGCAGCAGCUGUACAAGUUCAUGGAGGACAGAGGAACUCCCAUCAACAAACGACCUGUUCUGGGCUACAGGAACCUGAACCUGUUCAAGCUCUACAGGCUGGUGCACAAACUGGGAGGCUUUGACAACAUUGAAAGCGGCUCCGUUUGGAAACAAGUCUAUCAGGAUCUGGGAAUCCCUGUGCUCAACUCAGCCGCUGGCUACAACGUCAAAUGUGCUUACCGCAAGUACUUGUAUGGAUUUGAGGAAUACUGCACCUCCACCGCCAUCACCUUCAGGAUGGACCUCCCUUUGAAACAGGCUCCCAAGGGGGAGGUGAAGUCUGAGGGGGAGGCUGGAGGAGCAGCUGCCACAUCCUCCACCUCUGAAGAGCAGAAAGUCCAAAUGGAUGCAGAACCUUGUAAUGCGCAGCCUGUAGUCUGCAAGGACGAGAAACCUGACUUGACCAGAAACAAAAUGGAGCCCGAACCAUCAAAAACGGAGGGGAAAGACAGCGGAAACGACGACGACGACGAAGACGACGGACCCCUGAAGGGAGACGCAGACGAGGGCUCGUCGACGGCUCGCCUCGGCUCGGAGGACGUGAAGCAGGAGUGCGACGAGGAGCAGGAGAGCAAGGACAACUCUGGGGAUGACAGCAGUCAGGAGGGGGAGGAAGGGGAGGAGUUUGAGUGUUACCCCCCGGGGAUGAAGGUGCAGGUGAGGUAUGGGCGAGGCCGCAAUCUGAAGACGUACGAGGCCACUGUGAAAGAGGCAGACGUGGAGGGGGGAGAGGUGCUCUACCUGGUGCACUACUGUGGCUGGAACGUCAGAUAUGAUGAAUGGAUCAAAGCAGACAAGAUCGUGCGCCCCGCCAAUAAGAACGUACCCAAAAUAAAGCACCGCAAAAAAAUAAAGAACAAAGCGGAGAGGGAGCGAGACAGGUUGGAGAGGCUCAAUGACAGAGAAGUCCUCGGCCCUUCGUCCAACACUAACCGCGUCCCACGCUCCAAGUGUGGCCUGGAUGUCUUUCCCAAGAUGGACGAGGGUGAGGACAAAGGGACUCAGCAGUCUCCAGUCAAGUCUAUAGAAAUUACUUCUAUCCUCAAUGGCCUGCAAGCCUCUGAGAUGUCCACAGACGAAAGUGAGCAUGAGGAUGAGGAGGGAGAGCAUAAUGAAGAGGAUCGACCGGGUUGCAGAGGCAGCCCCAGAAAGGCCCCGCCAGAGCCCCCGCAAACAUCCGAGCGCUGGGAGAGCGGGACCCCUCCUGAAGGAUCCAAACCUUCUCCAGUCUCAGGAAAAACCCAGGACUUAGUCAGCACAGAGAGCGCCGACGUCGGGAAGCGCAGAAGCCAACCGGAGUUAGAGGGAGAGGCGAGCACCCGGAAGAGGAAAUCUGAGGGCGCAGCAGAGAGGACCCCGAAAGGCCAAUCCAAAGCCAAGACCAGGAACACCAGGAGUGCGGACUGGUUGCCUGGAGGCUCUCCCAGGAAGCUGGAGGAGAGAGCGGCUGGUCCCGGGGAGGAGAGGGGGGCCUCGUCCAGCAGCAGUUCAGAUGACGAAGGUGCAGCACUGGCCGAGGCCCAGGCGGAGGAAAGUGAGCGAAGCCGCCCAAAAACCAAAGGUUCCCCUUCCAAGAAGUACAACGGGAUGAAGGAGAAGACCAAAGGGGGCAGACAAGCUGGGUUCUGGGAGAUUCCUGAAAAGAGGGCCAAAAUGUCUGGGAAUGCAGAGGAGAGGCCAGCUGUCCGCUCCAAAGGCCAAAAGGACGUGUGGUCCAGCAUCCAGGCCCAGUGGCCGAAGAAGACUCUCAAAGAGCUGUUCUCUGACUCGGACACAGAGGCCGCCAAUUCUCCUCCUCCACCUGUACCUUCGUGUCUGGAGGAGCCGAGUGCCGAACAGGAUGCUGGUCCCGAGGACGAGGCCUCAGAGGAGCCGAUGGAGAACGACAAACUACAGGAGUUUCCAAGCAGCGGCAGCAACUCCGUACUCAACACGCCACCGACAACGCCCGAGUCCCCCUCAGGAGGAGGCAGUGCUGUGGAGGACUCUGGUCAGCCGCAGCCUUCCUCCCCGCCGCCGUCCAUACCCCCUGCCUUGCCUUCAGAGCCGGUUUCUGACACUCUUCCCCCAGGACCCAUACAGGAGGAAGUGGCAGGCGGGCGCAGUGAGACGGACAGCAGCACGGUGGAAGUGGAGAGUCUGGGUGGGGAGCUGCAGG